AUCUACAACGACUCAUCCCGUAGCAACAUCACUGCUCCUUUCUGUAGAGAUUGCUGCCGUUACAGCCGUGCAGAACCUGUGUGCCAUGGACAUUGCGGCUAUGAGAGUGAACCUCGUGUGUGUGAAGAAUACUGUGAAAAAGAGAACGACAGCUUUCCCAUGUCCGGCAGCGGAAACCCUCUUGUCAUUCGCUACCACACUCGUUGCGGAUCUUGCACGGACAAGAAAGAACAGGUCGGAUUUCGCAUGGUCUUCACUGCCUACAGGCUGCUUGCAGCUCAAGAAGCUCCUUGUGUAUGGCCUUCAGACUUUCAGUGUGAAAAUGGUCGUUGUAUAUGGUCUGGUUUGACUUGUGAUGGCUAUAAUAAUUGCGGUGAUAUGAGUGAUGAGAAUAAAGCGGGUAAUUCUCAUUGUGGUAAGUUAAGCAUUUUUGUAAUCUUUCUCUUUUGUCUUUAG